CCCAUUUCGCGUGGAGCUCGUUAGUUCAGCCCAUACGCGUGCGCAACACCCAACGUACCGACUGCCGGGACUACUCGGACAUUGCUACUGCGCGCGCGCUCGAAGCGGUAAAUCCGCGGCGUACUACAGACCUCAAAAAGCCGGAUCCCCAACCGGCGGCCCCAGCACGCCAUCGACGCGACGCACAAUCGUCUCUCUCCGCACACAUCAAAGAUGUCUAGCCACGUGACCGGCAGAGAGAAGACCGCGCGCUGCGCCCACCUCCUCGUCAAGCACACUGAGAGUAGGAACCCCGUCAGCCGAAGGACGGGCGAACAGAUCACGAUGUCCAAGGACCACGCCCGUAGAUAUUUAGAGGGCUUGCUGGAGGGCAUCAAGGCGGCGCCCGACAGUGAAACGGCCUUCCGCGAGCUGUGCUCUUCUAGAAGCGACUGCGGGAGUUAUCGGGAGGCCGGGGACCUCGGAGAUUUCGGAAGGGGCCAGAUGCAGCGGCCCUUCGAGGAGGCGACGUUCGCGCUGAAGAUCGGGGAAUUAAGUGGUGUGGUGGACACGGAUUCCGGUUUACAUGUCAUCUUGCGAUUACCAUUACGGUCUCAAAGAGAGUCGGAGCCGCCGGCGAAGAAACAACGAGCGUCCCAGGUGCGUGCGGCUCAUUUGCUGCUGAAGACGACCUCAUCAAGGAACCCCGUGUCUCGUCGUACGAACGCGUCCAUCAAGCUGGCGCCGUCCGACGCGCGGCGCGAGUUGGAAGGUUAUAGGAAGGAGAUCUUGAGCAGUGAGGACCCGCACAAGGCCUUCGCCGCCAAGGCGAAAGCUCGAUCAGACUGCUCGUCCUAUGCGCGAGGCGGCGACCUGGGCCACUUCGGUCCCGGCCAGAUGCAGAAGCCGUUCGAGGACGCGUCCUUCUCCCUAGAAGUGGGCGAGAUCUCGGGCAUCGUCGAGAGCGACUCGGGGCUGCACAUCAUCCUGCGGCUGGCUUGAUUCUUUGCGGGGGGACUAAGCUAUACUAGCUGUU